AUGCAAAUUUUUGUCAAAACUUUAACUGGUAAAACGAUUACGCUUGAGGUCGAAUCCUCAGAUACAAUUGAGAAUGUAAAAGCGAAAAUACAGGACAAAGAAGGCAUACCUCCAGAUCAGCAGCGGUUGAUUUUUGCAGGUAAGCAACUGGAAGACGGACGUACUCUUUCGGACUACAAUAUCCAAAAAGAAUCCACACUUCAUUUGGUUCUUCGUCUUCGUGGUGGUAUCAUUGAGCCUUCCCUUCGACAGCUUGCUCAGAAAUACAAUUGUGAAAAAAAAAUUUGUCGUAAGUGUUAUGCUCGUCUCCCACCACGUGCAACGAACUGCCGUAAGAAGAAAUGUGGACAUUCAAAUGAUUUGCGUAUCAAGAAGAAACCUAAGUAA